AUGGCCCCUAGAGUAAUUAUUGUCGGUGGUGGAUUGUCCGGACUUAGUGCCGCCCACACGGUCUACCUGAACGGUGGCAAUGUUCUCGUUCUUGACAAGCAAGCCUUCUUCGGUGGCAACUCAACAAAGGCUACCUCUGGUAUCAACGGUGCUCUCACUCGCACCCAGGUUGAUCUCGGUAUUCAAGAUAGCGUGAAGCAGUUCUACGAUGAUACCCUGAAAUCCGCCAGAGACAAGGCUCGUCCCGACCUCAUCAAAGUCCUCACAUACCAAUCCGCUUCCGCCGUCGAGUGGCUGCAGGAUGUCUUCAACCUCGAUCUCACUCUCGUCUCUCGUCUCGGUGGCCACACCCAGCCCCGAACCCACCGUGGUCACGAUGCCAAGUUCCCUGGUAUGGCCAUCACAUACGCUCUCAUGCAACGCCUAGAGGAAAUCUCCGAGGCUGAGCCCGACCGCGUGCAAAUCAUCAAGAAGGCCCGUGUCACUUCAAUUAACAAGGAUGGUAACACUGCUACUGGCGUCACAUUCGAGGCGGAUGGCGAGACCAAGUCCGCGGACGGUGUGGUGGUGUUGGCUACUGGCGGUUAUGCUGCUGAUUUCGGCGACUCAUCACUCCUCCAGCAACACCGUCCCGACACAUUCGCACUGUCCAGCACUAACGGCACUCACGCCACCGGUGAUGGCCAAAAGAUGUUGAUGUCCAUUGGUGCCAACGGCAUUGACAUGGACAAGGUCCAGGUCCACCCUACAGGUCUCGUUGACCCUAAGGACCCUACCGCCAAGUUCAAGUUCCUUGCCGCCGAGGCCCUCCGUGGUGAGGGUGGUCUUCUCCUUAACUCUGACGGCCAGCGAUUCUCUGAUGAGCUUGGCCACCGUGACUAUGUCUCCGGCCAGAUGUGGAAGGAGAAGGAGAAGGGCAAGUGGCCCAUCCGCCUGGUCCUUAACAGCAAGGCCUCCAAGGUUCUUGACUUCCACACCCGCCACUACUCUGGCCGUGGUCUGAUGAAGAAGAUCAGCGGCAAGGAGCUUGCUAAGGAGAUUGGCUGUGGCGAAGCUGCCCUCCAAAAGACCUUUGAUGACUACAAUGCCAUUGCUGAUGGCAAGAAGAAGGAUCCCUGGAACAAGCGCUUCUUCCACAACCUCCCUUUCAACGUUGAUGACGAAUUCCACGUUGCCCUCAUGGAGCCCGUGCUGCACUUCACCAUGGGUGGUAUCGAGAUCAACGAGCGCGCCGAGGUUCUUAACUCUGAACAGAAGCCUUUCGAUGGCCUCUAUGCUUGCGGUGAACUUGCAGGUGGUGUUCACGGUGCCAACCGUCUCGGUGGUUCUUCUCUGCUUGGUUGUGUCGUCUACGGUCGCGUGGCUGGUGACAGUGCUAGCCAGCACCUUUUCAAGAAGCUCAUCACUGGCGGUGCUUCUUCCGCCCAGCAGCGUCUGGGCCAAAUCUCGCUGCACAUUGACCCCGCUACCCCUGGCAAGAUCUCUGUUGAAUGGAAUGGUGCUCAGGCUUCGACCGGUACUACCCCCGCUGCCUCAACGGCAGCUCUCCCCGCUAAUGCUGAUGCGCCUGCUGAGACAUCCAAGCCGACGACUAAGCCCAAGAAGUUCUCCAUCCCCGAGACUGAGUACUCGAUGGAGGAGGUUGCCAAGCACAACACAAAGGAGGACAUGUGGAUCGUCGUCAAGGGCAUCAUUCUUGAUGUGACCAACUGGCUGGAUGAGCACCCCGGUGGCGCCAACGCCCUGUUCAACUUCAUGGGGCGUGAUGCGACAGAAGAAUUUGAGAUGCUCCACGACGACGAAGUCAUUCCUAAAUAUGCUCCUCACAUCGUUAUCGGCCGGGUGAAGGGUCAAACUCCUAGUCUUGAAUAUUAA